CAUGAGCAGCGCCGAGAUGGGCAAGUUCAACAUCUCUCCCGACGAGGACAGCAGCAGCUACAGCUCCAACAGCAACGACUUCAGCUACCCCUACCCCACCAAGCCGGCCGCCAUGAAGAGCCACUAUGCAGAUAUUGAUCCAGAAAAUCAAAAUUUCCUGCUCGACUCCAAUCUUGGAAAGAAGAAAUAUGAGACUCAGUAUCAUCCGGGUACUACUUCCUUUGGAAUGUCGGUAUUUAAUCUGAGCAAUGCUAUUGUGGGUAGUGGCAUCCUUGGUCUUUCUUAUGCCAUGGCUAACACUGGAAUUGCUCUUUUUGUGAUACUCCUGCUGUUUGUCUCAAUAUUUUCUUUGUAUUCAGUGCAUCUCCUUUUGAAGACUGCCAAUGAAGGAGGAUCUUUAUUGUAUGAACAGUUGGGAAUGAAGGCAUUUGGUAUGGCUGGAAAACUUGCUGCUUCUGGAUCAAUUACAAUGCAGAAUAUUGGAGCUAUGUCAAGCUACCUCUUCAUAGUGAAAUAUGAGUUACCAUUGGUCAUCAAGACAUUUAUGAACAUCGAAGAGACCACAGGAGAAUGGUAUCUGAACGGUGACUAUUUAGUGCUGCUGGUGUCUGUCAUCCUCAUUCUUCCCCUGUCCUUACUGAAAAAUUUAGGAUAUUUGGGCUAUACCAGUGGCUUUUCCUUACUUUGCAUGGUCUUCUUUCUGAUUGUUGUGAUUUGGAAGAUGUUUCAGAUUCCUUGUCCUAUGGGUAGUGACAUCGUGAACAUGACAUUAAUAAAUGUGACUCUGGCACCUUUGGUAGAUAAAAACAUAACAAGUGAAGAUGUGUGCAAGCCAAAAUAUUUCAUCUUCAAUUCACAGACUGUCUAUGCUGUCCCAAUCCUGACAUUUUCUUUUGUCUGUCAUCCUGCAAUUCUUCCUAUCUACGAAGAGCUGAAAAGCCGAAGCCGUAAAAGAAUGAUGAAUGUGUCCUAUGUAUCUUUUUUUGCCAUGUUCCUCAUGUAUUUGUUGGCUGCUCUCUUCGGAUACCUGACAUUUUAUGGAAAAGUCGAACCAGAACUGCUUCAUACCUACUCUGCUUAUCUGGGUGCUGAUAUUCUUCUUCUUAUUGUGCGUCUUGCUGUACUGAUGGCUGUAACCCUUACUGUACCUGUAGUUAUUUUCCCAAUCCGCAGUUCCAUUACCCAGCUGUUGUGGGCAGGAAAGGAGUUCAGAUGGUGGCGUCACUGUUCCAUUACAGUUGCACUUCUGGCAUUUACCAAUGUGCUUGUUAUCUUUGUCCCUACUAUUCGAGACAUCUUUGGAUUCAUUGGUGCAUCUGCGGCUGCCAUGCUGAUCUUUAUACUUCCUUCUGCCUUCUAUAUCAAAUUAGUGAAGAAGGAACCAAUGAAGUCGGUGCAAAAGAUUGGGGCUGCACUGUUCUUUCUAAGUGGUAUACUUGUGAUGAUUGGGUGUAUGACACUGAUUAUUCUAGACUGGACCCAGAAUGUUACAUCUGAUGGCCAUUAACUGACUUGGUGUAAUCUCUAAUACUCCACUUCAAAUGCCAGUGUUCACUCAGAUACCUACUGAGAAUGAAAGUGAACUAUUCAGCUUCCUUUAAAAUGCAGAUUCUUUGUUGAUGGCUAUUCUGAUUGUAGAACACCGGAACUCUUGUCUCUAAGAAACUAUUCUGCACAAUUAACGUCAAACCACAUGAGUGUGUCUGGCUGAAGGAAGUGACAACUUUAUUCCAUUCCAGAGAAUGGACAGAACUCUCUGUAGACUUUUAUCAAGCCAUGUUUGGCUUGCAUCAUUGUUACUUGGAUAUUUUGUUAUUUUACUUGAAUGUGCCUAAUGGAACCA